CGUGUGGAAGAACGGCUCUUCUCUCUCCCGGCCAAGAUGGCGCAGCAGGUGAACAUCACCGAGCUCUCCCUGCCGCAGCUGGAGGUGCUGAAGAACCAGCUCGACCAGGAAGUGGAAUUCCUUUCUUCAUCCAUCGCACAACUUAAGGUGGUGCAGACAAAAUACGUGGAAGCAAAGGACUGUCUGACUGUCUUGACUAAAGGCAAUGAAGGUAAAGAGCUAUUGGUUCCACUCUCCAGCUCUAUGUAUGUUCCUGGGAAGCUUUCUGACGUCAGCCAAGUGUUGAUAGAUGUAGGGACAGGUUACUAUGUAGAAAAGUCAUUAGAUGAUGCCAGAGACUUCUUCAAGAGGAAGAUUGAUUUCCUGACAAAAGAGAUGGAGAAAAUCCAGCCAGCACUACAGGAGAAGCACGCAAUGAAGCAAGCUGUGAUAGAGAUGAUGAGCCAGAAGAUUCAGCAACUAACAGCAGCAGGGGCUUCACAGGCAACAGCAGCAAAGGCCUAGCAAACACGGACCACUCCUAUGCCUUCAUGGUUUACUAUUUUGUGAUGUAUCCCGAUAUAGCAGCCCAGAGUGCAGCACUCCAGCCAACUGUGCACUUGAGGGUGGGGAAGAGGUGGCUCAUUGUUUGAAUACAGGUGGGAUUUGAGUAUGGCAGAAGCUUUGUUUUGGGAAUGAUGACAUCUUGAGGAAGAUCCCAUCUGUUCAAGUGGACGGGCUUUCAGUAGCCCUAUGAACGGGUGGUUGUAUUGCUGGUUGCCACAUAGAAUUUUCUUUAAUCUUAAAAAAAAAACACCUGUGAAAAUUUUGUUUGUAAAUGAAAUUGUACAAAAUAAAACAGGUAGGAUUACAGAGCAAGAAA